AUGGCCUCUUCUCUCAGCUUCACCAUCACCGAGUCUGGCGCCGAGCCGUACAUGCUUAGCUUGGUCACGCCAGAUAUCGUUUCGCACGAAGAAAUGUCGCUCGCUCCGACGAGCCUCGAGCUACAGUCGCUCGAGGACAGACUGAUGGCUGCAUUUGCGGAGGACAUCGACAGGGACGCGGAGGAAGCGGCGCGCAAGAAGGCGAAGAAAGCGGCGAAAUCCAGGCCACCAUCACCGCCAGAGAGCGGCUCUGCCACACCCCGUGUCACCAUCGCGCCGUGUCCAAUUCGCCUGCGGCCAUACAUUCCGCCGCCGAAUUAUGGCACCGUGGAGCUGCACAAGGUGUUCCGCAGUUCGUUCCCGCAGGAUCGCCAUAUGGAUUUCGUGAAGACGCUGGGCAUUCGAAGCAUGCUCACACUUGUCGACACGGAGUCCUCGGACGGCUACCAGGAGUGGGUGCGUGACAGCGGUAUCACCCAGAAGAUGAUCAACGUCGCCACAAACAAAGACGGGUACGUCUCCACGACUGUCGACUCGAUCUGCGAAGCGCUGCUCUUCGUCAUGGACUCCUCCAACCACCCUCUCUACAUCCACUGCAACCAGGGCAAGCACCGCACCGGCUGCAUCGUGGCCUGUCUCCGCAAAGUCCAGCGCAUGCCUAUCGAAGACAUCAUCGCCGAGUACCGCGUCUACUCCGAGCCCAAGGCCAGGCCAGGCGACAUCGCAUUCAUCGAGUCCUUCGACCCAGAGUCGGUCUUCUCCUACGCCAAGACGCACGGCUACCUGGACGGUCCUUCUCAAAGGCUUAAACGUCUCGACAGCAACGUCACCAACGUCGACACCCUCGCUGCAGCGCUCUCCGCAGGUGCGAUGGCCGGUGAAGUUGCUGAGGAGGUUCUCUACGGCAGCUCCGUCUCUCCCACCUCCACCACGUCUGACGAGGCGAUGGAGAUUACGCUGUGCGACUCCAACUCCAGCACCGAACGCGCUCCAGCGCACGGCGAAGUCACGGUCCGCGACAUGCAGUUCGAGAGCCGGACGCCCGUCGACUCAAGCGCAAGCGUCAUAGAAAUCGAAGACGACGCCACAAGCAACGCCUCCUCCGACACGGACUUCACCAUGAUCGACCAACAGAACGAGAUCACGCCAGGCGUCACCUCGAUGUUUAUCGAUCCCGCGCUGGUCUAG